GCAUGGGGCAGGCAGCGAGCAGGACCAGUGAGGCUCAGGUGUCUGUGACCUUCGACGAUGUGGCCGUGACUUUUACCCAGGAGGAGUGGGGGCAGCUGGACCCGGCCCAGAGGACCCUGUACCAGGAGGUGAUGCUGGAAAACUGUGGACUUCUGGUGUCUCUGGGGUGUCCUGUCCCCAGACCGGAGCUCAUCUGCCAGCUGGAGCGCGGGCAGGAGCCGUGGACGGCAAAGAGAGGCCUCUCCCAGAACACCUAUCCAGGUGACAAAGGAAAACCCAAGGCCACAGUAUCUGCCAUUGGUGAGCUAGCCCUGUCUGAGGGCAUCCCCGUCCAAGAACAACUAAUACAAGGAGUUGCAGGAGACUCCCAGAAGCGCCAAACCAAGGAUCAGGAUGGGUCAUUGGAAAUGCAAGAAGGACAUUUGAGACCAGAGAUAGAUCCCCAGAAGGAGAAACUCCCUGGGAAAUCAAGCUCUGAAGAUGGCAACGUAGGGACAGCUGAUAAUGUGUGUUCAAGAAUUGUACAGGAGCCAGUCCCUCUGCGAGGUGCUGUCCAUGACCAUGACUCGUGUGGAUCAGGUAAAGAUCCCAUGAUUCAAGAAGAAGAAAAUAUCUUUAAAUGCAACGAAUGUGGGAAAAUUUUUAACAAGAAACGCCUCCUUGCUCGACACGAGAGAAUUCACUCUGGAGUGAAGCCCUAUGAAUGCACUGAGUGUGGGAAAACCUUUAGUAAAAGCACUUACCUCCUCCAGCACCACAUGGUCCACACCGGGGAGAAGCCCUAUAAGUGCAUGGAGUGCGGGAAGGCCUUCAACCGCAAGUCACACCUUACACAGCACCAGCGGAUUCACAGCGGGGAGAAGCCUUAUAAGUGCAACGAGUGUGGAAAGGCCUUCACCCACCGCUCCACUUUUGUCUUGCAUAACAGGAGCCACACUGGAGAGAAACCCUUUGUGUGCAAAGAGUGUGGAAAAGCCUUCCGAGAUAGGCCAGGUUUCAUACGUCACUACAUAAUCCACAGUGGCGAGAAUCCCUACGAAUGCUUCGAGUGUGGCAAGGUCUUCAAACACAGGUCCUACCUCAUGUGGCACCAGCAGACUCACACUGGGGAGAAGCCCUACGAGUGCAGCGAGUGCGGGAAGGCCUUCUGUGAGAGCGCGGCCCUCAUUCAUCACUACGUCAUCCACACGGGGGAGAAGCCCUUCGAGUGCCUGGAGUGCGGGAAGGCCUUCAACCACAGGUCCUACCUCAAGAGGCACCAGAGGAUCCACACCGGGGAGAAGCCUUUCGUGUGCACUGAGUGUGGAAGGGCCUUCACCCACUGCUCCACUUUCAUCUUGCACAAAAGGGCCCACACUGGAGAAAAACCUUUUGAGUGCAAAGAAUGUGGGAAAGCCUUUAGCACUAGGAAGGACCUCAUCCGACACUUCAGCAUCCACACCGGGGAGAAGCCCUUCGAGUGCUCUGAGUGUGGGAAGGCCUUCAACCGCCGCUCGGGGCUCACGAGGCACCAGCGGAUUCACAGUGGAGAGAAGCCCUAUGAGUGCAUGGAGUGUGGGAAAUCCUUCUGCUGGAGCACAAACCUCAUCAGGCACGCCAUCAUCCACACCGGGGAGAAACCCUAUAAGUGCAGCGAGUGUGGAAAGGCCUUCAGUCGCAGCUCCUCCCUCACUCAGCAUCAGAGGAUUCAUACUGGGAGACACCCCGUCAGGGGCAGCGCAACAGAAGUGGGGAGACCCUUCACGAGCGGGCAGUCCUCGGUCACCCUGCGAGAACUCCUUCUGGGGAAAGACUUCUUGAAUGUAACCACCGAGGAAAACCUUUUGCCAGAGAAAACAUCUACCAUGGCAUCUGAUCGAACAUACCAAAGAGAGACCCCCCAGGUAUCUUCGCUGUGAGAAAAUCCUCCAUCCCAGGCCAUCAGGAGUCGUGUAGAGAUGCAGUUAGAGAUUGACCCGGCCCAGAGCCUUACUGUGCAUCUGAGAGUUCAUCCAGGAGAGACCGGUGUUGAUUAUGCAGGAAGUAAAAUGUUCAGCUACUUUUUUCUUAGUUUACACUGCAGCGUUAUCUCAGGAAUUUUUAUAAAAAGAAGGUGGAGAUUAGAAGGGCAAAUGAAAUGAAAAGUUUGUGAGACUUCUCUGUCAAGCUUUGUCAAGCACUUUGUCAUGGAUUCCUUUGUUUACUUGGGGCGGGGGGGUGUUUCAGAGGCCCCGGGCCUUGACCCUCUAUGUGUCUUGUAUACACAUUCAUUACUGUUCACUGGCAGGAGAGUUAGACAGAUGAGAGGGCAGGUAUUCAAAGCGGUAAAUACACACACAAGAGUGGGCACAUCGUCUUGCACCAGUUAAGACGUUAAGACCUAACAGUUUUAGAAAACGAACUUUUUUAUUUGGUUUUAAACCCCAAACACCCAGACUUUUUCUUGAUCCCAUCUAUUUACUUAGUUUCCGUAGCUAUACGGUAAACCUCAAAAUUAGGUAAAAGUGAUUUCUAUUACUUAAAUUGAUUUAGUUUUCCUAGUUCCUUUGACUUUUCAUAUAAAUCUUAGGGUGCAGAAAAUCGUGUUUGCAUUUUAUAGGAAUUGGUUUGUAGAUCUGUUUGUUGAAAAGCAGCAUCAUGAACAUCGUACAUCCUAUGAUACUUCAUUUGUUUAAUUCUUGGUAUUUCAUUACCGUUUUAUAAUUUUCAAUACAGGCUCUGUAUAUUUUUGUUAAGAUUUGUAACUAGGUGUUUUGUUUUUUGAGUGUAAAUGGCGUUGAUUUUUACACUUUGAUUUUCCAUAUGAUCUUCAGUAGUAUGCAGAAUGAUCAUUGAUUUGGGGGAUGAUAUUUUGGUAACCUGCACCCUUGGUGAACUCACAUUAUUUCUAGCCAUUUCUCUGGGUAGAAUCCUUAGGAUUUUCUGCAAAGGUGCAUCAGCUGCAGAUAGAGUUUUAUUUCUUCCUUCCCAUCUGUUUAUCUAUGACUUUAUUUUCUUACUGCUCUAGGUGUACUUCCAAUGUGAUAUCAGAUAGGAGUAGUAAGAAAGGAUGCCCUUGACUGAUUCCUCAAAUGAGGCGGGAAACUUUCAGUUUUUCAUCAAAUACAAUGUUAAAAGUUCUUUUUGGAAUUUUCUUAUCAAGUUUAGAAAAUUUCCAUCUAUUCCUAAUUUACUGAGUUUUUUUUUUUUAAUUAUGAAUAAGCGUUGGAUUUUGCCAAAUUCUUUGCCUCCAUCAAUUGAUGUGAUUAUCUGAUUUUUCUUUUAUAGUUUAUGGAUAUAUUGUGUAUUAACUGAUUAGUUUUGAAUAUUGAACCAGUCUUGCAUCCUUGGAAUAAAUCCCACUUGGUUGUGGAGUAUAAUUUU